AAAGUUCCCACCAAAAAUAUGGAACUGAAAAAUCAAACAGCAGUUUCAGAAUUCCAUCUGCUUGGACUGACAGACCAUCACAAGCUUCUGCCCCUCAUCUUCACCAUAUUCCUCUCCGUGUAUCUGAUCACAAUUCUGGGAAACCUGCUUAUCAUCAUGGCUGUCAGCUCUGGGUCCCAACCUCACACUCCCAUGUACUUCUUCCUCUCUGUUCUGUCCAUUAAUGACAUUUGUUACAGUACAGUCACAAUCCCCAAAAUGCUGGUCAACAUUCAAGCACAAUAUGACAGCAUAAGUUACAUAGAAUGUCUCUCUCAAAUGUGCUUUGUUUCAGUUUUUGGUGGCAUGGAAAAUCUUCUCCUGGCAGUGAUGGCCUAUGACCGCUAUGUGGCCAUUUGCAAACCCCUGCAGUAUACAGUCAUCAUGAACCAUUUUUCCUGUGUCCUGAUGGUUCUAUUCUCCCUUUUCCGUAGCAUUAUGGAUGCACUACUCCAUAGUCUGAUGGUCCUGAGACUUUCCUUCUGCACAGAAGUAGAAAUCCCCCACUUUUUCUGUGAGCUUGCUCGGAUUAAUAAGCUUGCCUGUUCUGAUACAUUUCUUAAUAAUUUCUUGAUAUUUGUUGCAGCUUUUGUCUUUGGAGGUGGUCCUGUCACUGGAAUUGCUUUUUCAUAUAUUUACAUUGUUUCCUCAGUAUGGCUUCCAGGAGAAAAUGUGGCCAAGAUUAAAGGUGAACCUUCCCAUGCCAUAAGAUCUGGAUUAAUGGUAUAUGCCAUCCCUCCUCAAGAUCAGGAUCAAAAGAGUGUGUCUGCCAGCUUCAAGAUCCAGAUCAUGAAUAUGCCCAAAUUUCUAGAUUGUAGUUCACUCCAGAUAUAG